AUGCCACGUGCCACCCUGGCACCCCGAGAAGAGCCAGGCCCCUCGGGAUGCCCUCGGUGCCACAGGAGCCAGGGGCCAGCAGCAGAUGCUGGCCCCAGUGGCAGGUCCUCCCCAGGCGGCCACCCUGAGCCCCGGGCUGAGCAGCUGGAGCAGCCCAGCCUCUGGUACUUGGCAGCCAGCCCCGCUGCCACCGCUGCCGUCGGCUGCCUCGCGCCCGUGCCCCUCGUGCCUUACGUGCCCUCCAUGCUCUACUGCUCCCCAGCAGCACCUACCUCAGCCCCCGCCCUGGCCGGGGUCCCCCCGCACCGCGCCGCGGGGCACCGGCGGGCACAGCAUCCCCCCCGGCAGCACAGCGCCGCCCACCGGCCCUGCCUGAGCCUGCACCUGGAGGAGCUGGAGGAUCUCAACCGGUCUCUGAGCCAGGCCGUGGAGGCUGCCCAGAGCAUGAGGCUGACCACCACCCGCAUGAGCAGGCUGCUGGCCAGCGAGCUGGGCCGGCUGCGGGACCUGCGCGGCUCCUGCCUCUUCUGAGGGGCCCUCGGCCCCUCCCGAGCCCUGCCUGCCCUUGCAAGGGGCAGCAGAAGGAGGAUGGACCC